CUCUCCAUCGGCCGAUUUCUUCUGCAGGCAAGUUCUCUCUCUCACAGAAAAUCUCUCUCUCUCUCUCUCUCUCUCUCUCUCUCCGAAACCCAUGUGAACGCAAGAAGAGAAUCCAAAACCCUAGAAAAACCUUCCCGAAAUGGAAACCCUAGAAAUCCCACCCGAAGGUUCUACUCCGUCUCAAACCCUAGAAACAGCUCAAGAACAAAACCCUAGCUCCACAGCUUCUGGUCUUUCCGUUCCGGAACAGAUCGAGACUCGGUCCGAUCCCGGUUCAGGAAUCCAAGACGACGGAGUUAGGGUUUCUGGUGACGAAGCAGCAUCGGCCCACGAUAAUAAGGUCGACGAAUCUUCUACUGGGAUUGAAGGCCGUGCGGCGAGAUCGGAGGUCCCGAUCGGAGGCGUUGGAGAUGGCGGGGUUGGGGUUUCUGUCGAGGAAACGGCGGUUGUCGAUGAGAAGAACGGCGGCGUGCGUGGUGAUGUCGAUGUGGGUUCGUCUUUGGCUGGCGGAGAUUUGGUGAUGGGAGAUCGAGCUGCGCUGGAGUCGAAGGUUUGUGUUGCAGAGUCAGUUCCCGUUCCUGACGAGGAUCAGAAAGUUGAGAUUCCUGGCACUGACGGGGAUUCUUCGGCCAUCGAAGGGGUUCCGAUGGAGAAGGGUGGUGAGAAUGGAGUUGGGUCUGGGGAAGGGGCUGUUACGGGGAUCAGGGAGAACGAGAAUGGUGGGGUUGAUGAGGUGUUGGUGGGCCCUUCGGAAGAGGAUGGCGCGCCUCGAUCCAAUGGUGGGUGUGUGGGUAUGGAAAUAGAUUUGAUGGGUGGAGUUCAAGAGAACGGUAGUAGAGUCGUAGGGGGUGUCUCGGCAGAAGCAGGGCAUUCGAGUUCAGAAAAUGAGGUGAUGGAGACAGGCGGCAGUUCUGUAUUGGAAGAGGGAAAGGAAGGCUUGUUGAAUGAAUCAAGCUUUUCAGGAGCAGCUCAAGUUACUGCUGCAGAUGUUUGUUUACCGGAAAAUGGGCAAGACAAAGUUGGGGAAGCACAAGCUUCAGUGCCUGAUAUUGAGGAAAACAAAGCAGCUGAAGUCGUAGAAGCGCCGGUUUCUUUUCUAGAUGAGAAGCAGAGUGCUCUUGGUGAUGCUGCUGAUGCAGGCAUUGCCGUGGUAGUGCCAGAAAUGGUAGCCUUUGAAGGAGAGGAAGUUGCCGCUGGGGGAAAUGAAGGGAUGGAGAAGGGUGGCAUUUCCAUGUCAGAAGAGGGGAAGGAAAGUUCGUUGAAUGAAUCAGGCUUUCCAGCAGUAACUCAAGCUAUUGCUGUGGAUGUUGGUUUACCAGAAAAUAGGCAAGAUCCAAGAUCUAAAGUUGUGGGAGGGCAUUCGGUGCCUGAGAUUGAGAAAACCAAAGAAGCAGUUGUAGAAGCACCCGUGUCUGCUGUAGAUGAGAAGCAGAAUACUGUGGGUGAUGCUGCAGAUGCAGUCAUUAGAGUGUCAGACGAGAAGCAGCAGACAGCGCCAGAAACUGUAGCUGUUGAAGGAGGGGAAGUUGCAGCUGAGGGAAGUGAAUUGAUGGAGAAGGGUGACAGUUCCAUGUCAGAAGAGGGGAAGGGAAGCUCGUUGAAUGAAUCAGUCUCUUCGGUCGUAGCUCAAUCCCUUACUCCAGAUGUUUGUUUACUGGAAAAUGGGCUAGAGUCAAGAACUGAAGUUGCAGAAGCGCACAUUUCAGCGCCUGAGAUUGAGAAAGCCGAAGUAACUGAAGUUAUAGAGGCACCCAUCUCUCUUGUAGUUGUAGCUGAGAAGCAGGAUACUGUGGGCGAUGCUUCAGAGGUAGGCAUUACUGUGUUACAUGAGAAACAGCAGAUUGUGCCAGAACUGGUAGCUGGUGAAGGAGGAGCAGUUGCAGCUGAGGGAAACGGGUUUCAGGAAGAUGGUGUUCUCGGUCACACGAAUCCGAGUGCUGGAACUGAGGUCACUGAAUCAAUUUCAACUGAAGUUAUUGUUAUGGAUGUUUGUUUGCCAGAAAAUGGGCAAAAUCAGGGGGCUGAAGCCGUGGAGAUGCAUGUAGAAGCAGAUGUCUCUUUGCUUGAUGAGAAGCAGAAAUCUGUGGGCAAUGCUAUGGAUGCAGGCACUGCUUUGUCAGAGCAGAAGCAGCAGACAGGACCAGAAUCAGUAGCUAGGGAAGGAGAGCAAGUUGUGGCUGAGGAGAAUGAAAUUCAUGAAGAUGUUGUUACAUGCCACAAGAAUCUGAGUGCUGUAAUUGAGGAUACGAAAUCACAAGAAUUUGAGGUAGUGGAAACACAUGCAUUGGUGCUUGAGACGAUGAAGAUUCAGGAAGCUGAAGUUGUAGAGGCGCCCCUUUCUCUUCCAAAUGAGAAUCAAAAUGAUGCUUGCGAUGGUAAAGAUGCAGGGACUGCUUUUUCAGAUGAGAAGCAACAAACAGUUUCAAAGUUAGUAGCUGGCGAAGGGGAGGAAGUUGCGGCAGAUCGACAUCAAUUUCCAGAAGAUGGUCUUCCAUGUAGUGAGAGUCCAAGUGCUGGCAUUGAGGUAGGGAAAUUAAAUUCAGCUCAAGUUAUUGAUAUGGAUGUUUGUUUGCCAGAAAAUGGGCAAAACCCAGAAUCUGAAGUUCUGGAAAUGCAUGUAGAAGAACCCAGUUCUUGUUUAGGUGAGAAGCAGAAUACUGUGCGUGAUGCUGCAGAUGCAGGCAUUGCUUUGCCAGAUGAGCAGCAGCAGAUGGUAACGGAAUCAGUAGCUGGUGAAGGAGAGCAAGUUGCAGCAGAGGGAAAUGUUUCCGAGGUUGUUAUUCCGGGUCAUGAUGAUCUGAGUGCUGGAAUUGAAGUUACAAAACCAGCUUCGGCUCAAGAUAUGGCUAAAGAUGUUUGCUUGUCAGAAAAUGGGCCUGACCAAGGAGAUGAAGUUGCAGGAACACAGAAUUUGGUGCCUGAGAUGGAGAAAAUUGUAGUAGCUGAAGCUGUAGAAGCAUCCAUUUCUCCUCUAGAUGAGAAGCAAAGUACCGUGGGCAAUGCUGCAAAUGCAAGCACUGCUUUGUUCGAUGAGAAGCAGUGCACAGGACCAGAAUCAGUAGGUGGUGAAGGAGAGGAAGUUGCAGCUGAUGGAAAUCAAUUUCUGAAAGAUGGUUUUCCAGGUGAAGGGAGCCCAAGCACCACAAUCGAGGCCAUGGAAGCUGAUGUCUCUCUUCUAGAAAAUGCUGUCGAUGAUGCUACAGAUGCGAGCAUUGCUUUGUCAGAUGAGAAUGAACAGAUAUUACCAGAAUCAGUAGCUGGUGAAGGAGAGGAAGCUGCAGCAGAGGGAGAUCAAUCUGCAGAAGAUUGUGCUCUUGAUCAUAAUAAUCCUGGCGCUAUUGUUGAGGUCACAGAACCUCUUUCCAUGUCUGGUGCGGAAGAAAAAGAAGUGGAUGAUGAAGAUGAAGAGGAUGAGGAUGAAGCUGAUGAUGUAGAAGGCCAGUUCUCUGUAGGUGAUUUUGUAUGGGGCAAAAUCAGGAGCCACCCUUGGUGGCCUGGACAGAUCUAUGACCCUUCAGAUGCGUCUGACUUCGCACGGAAGUACCGUCGGAGGGAUCGCCUCCUUGUGGCUUAUUUUGGGGAUGGCACUUUUGCUUGGUGUUACCCAUCUCAGUUGAGGCCUUUCAACAGGUAUUUUGAACGGAUGAUGAAGCAGAGCAACACUAAAAGUUUCCUUAAUGCUGUGGAGGAGGCUGUGGGUGAGGUUAGUAGGUGUGUGGAGUCAGAGAUGACUUGUUCUUGCACACUGGAGGAAAUCCAGGUCAGGCUCACUCGACCGAUGGCUGUAAAUGCUGGUAUACAAGAAGGGAAGACCAUUCCUCAGGGUCAUGUUGAUGGGCUUUCAAUUGGUGAAUUUGAUCCUGCAAACUUUAUUGCACGCCUCAAAGAUAUUGCUUCAGUUGUUUCUGUAAGAGAUGCGCUCGAACUUACCGUGUUGAAGAGUCGAUUGUCAGCCUUCUAUGGUGCAAAGGGAUAUGGUGAAUUGCCUAUGUACCAUCUACCUCGGGGAAUUAUGGAUCUUGAAGACAAUGCCAAAAGUCAGUUGUCUGAUAGAAAUGAUUUUGAUGGUCAGUUGAUUUACCUAACCCAGACCCCUCAUGAAGAAGAUUCGCUUUCUUCACCGGUUGGCCCUGGGGCGGGCAAAAGUGGCCAAAGCUUGUCUCAGAAACGGCCACAAAUUUCUGAGGAUAAGAUAUAUCAGAGAAAGAAGAGAAGCGUAGCUGAACUUAUGGCAGGGAAUUUGGACUCAGAACUUGAAUAUGACGGAACUGUUAAGGACGAAGGAGCAGUCUCUGGUAAACCAGCCGUGUCAUCCAAGGAUCAGAAGAAAACCAGGCUAUCUGCUGCUCCUCCAGCAGCAGAGGAGGAGGACUCUGAUGUUGAAAAAGAUGUUGCUGAAGAAGGCAAAGGCAUCGGGAAAUCGGCUUCGUCGUCCAGGAAAAGAAAGAAGGCUAAGCAUUUGGUGUCAUCUCCCUCCUCAAUGGCAGAGAACAAGGCUUCUGAUGAAAAUGAUGAUGCUGGGGUAGAAGAAGGCAAGGCCACAGGUAAAUCCAGUUCGUCUUCCAAGAAAAGAAAGAACACCAGGCAUUCGGCAUCAUCUCCUUCUGCAACAGCAGAAAACAAGGCUUCUGAUGUUGAAAAUGAUGAUUCUGUGGAUGAAGAAGGCAAGACCAUCGAUAAAUCUGCUUUAUCGUCCAGGACAAGAAAGAAGACUAAGCAUUUGGUAUCAUCUCCUCCUGCAUCGCCAAAUAACAAGGUGACUUUUGAUGUUGAAAUUGAUGAUGUCGAGGCUGAAGAAGGAGCAGUCCUGAGUUCUCCGAGGAACCGAAGGAGAAGCAAGUAUUUAUCAGCUCCAUACGCAAUGCUUAGCGGGCAUAAGAGCAUAGUCUCCUUGGAUGAUGCUGAAGCUGGAAAUGUGAAGGUUCCCAUUGUUUCUCGGGUCGGGGCAAGUAUCAGCAGGAUCGCGGUUCAGCUUACCGGGGGCCCUCCAAUCCUGAAAUGCAGCGGCGAGACACCUCAGAAGAAAAUUUCAGAGGAACCCAAUGUCGAAGAUAAAACACCUGGUACCUCAGGUCCUCGGACAGCAAAAAGAAACAGGAAGACUCAUGCACCCAAGGAUGACGAUGCGACUGCGGAUGAGAUGCUUUCAGAUAUCCGCUCAGCAGCUGUAGAUCCUAUACAUUCAAGGGGUGGUCGAAAGGGAAAAUCCUCAGUUACGGAACACCAACCAUCAGGAAAAGAUUCUCGCGGGGCCGACCCAUCCGAUCUUAAAUCUGGAGAGAAGAAGAGCAAAGAGAAGGAGCAAACAAAUUCGAAGACUCCUAAACGUAAGUCUAAACGGUCUAGUUUGGAGGAUACAGCCACGCAUCCUGCAGCACUUUUCCUCACAUUCAAAUCCGGUUUAGAUUUGCCUUCCAAAGAUGAUCUCAUCACAAUAUUCAGCAAAUUUGGGGCUCUGAAUGAAUCAGAAACAGAAGUGUUAAAAGAUUCAGGCUGUGCUCAGGUUGUCUUUGCCAGGAGCUCCGAUGCUGAAGAAGCCUUCAACAGUUCAGAGAAAAACUGCGCUUUCAAACCCGCCGACGUCACUUACCGCCUGCGGUAUCUAUCGGCUGCUUCUAAGGUUUUGGAAACCAACAGCCCGGCUCCAAUAGAGGAAGAGAGUGGGGCAUUAGCUCUCCAACCUUCCAAGCAGGAUCUUGCUGAGACCCAGCCAUUGCUCUUCAUGCAACAGAACAUUGAAUCAAUGAUGACGUUGCUUUCCAAGUUGUCAGGGAAAGAUGCAGGCCCGGCGGGGAAGUUGACACCGACAGUGAGAGCAGACUUGACGGCCGAGCUCGGAUGCCUCCUCCAGAAGGUAACCUCACUGGUAGAAGAUUCUUAGUUCCAAUCUUAUUACUGAUUUUGUUCCAACUUCCCAUACGCCGCCCGUAGGAAGCAUGUUUUGUCGUUUCUCGUUGGGAUUGUCCAUAUACCAUCUUAUGAUGUAUGAAUGCUUGGUGUUGCUGUUGUUGUUCCAUUGAGGUUUUUCCCUCUUCUUUUUUUUCUUUUUUCUUUUUUCUUUUUUCUUUUUUUCUAGCUGUUGCUAUUACUUAUACAUAUCACUGCUGUUACUUACUGCUAUUUCUCUUUACAUCUAAGCAUGGAGAUUUCCACCCUUAA